GUCAAAACCGGCAGAGAGAGGAGCAGAGGGAGAAAUCCACAUCAUCACUUCUCCUUUUUUUUGAUAUCGGCGCUGCUGCAAAUAAUGUGACAUCACCCUGCUUCAACUUUGGACUGGUUUUAUUUAUUUUUUCCCCAUUUUAUCCGUCUUUCACGACCUUUUUUUUCACAGGUGUUACUGUCUUGUUCACCUGUCACACCGCUGGUCGACCUCACUGGCUCCAUUUGGGCACUUCAUCACGGUCGUCCAUCUGUACAGGCGGCUGCGGCUUGUUGGUAAACACGGAUCGGAUCCCGCCGGCGAGGACUCCCUCUGGUGCAUUGAUGCACCCGUUUCAGUGGUGUAACGGGUGCUUCUGUGGUCUGGGACUGGUUUACUCCAACAAGUCGUGCACCAUGCCGCCCAUCACCUUCCAGGACCUGCCUCUAAACAUCUACAUGGUCAUCUUUGGCACAGGAAUAUUCGUCUUCAUCCUGAGCCUCAUCUUCUGCUGUUACUUCAUCAGUAAACUACGACAUCAAGCCCAGAGUGAGCGGUUUGGAUACAGAGAGGUAGUUUUAAAAGGGGAUCCAAAAAAGUUGAAUCUUCACGGGCAGACGUGUGCUGUGUGUCUGGAGGACUUCAAAGUGAAAGACGAGCUGGGAGUGUUGCCAUGCCAACAUGCUUUCCACAGGAAGUGUCUAGUAAAGUGGCUAGAGGUGCGCUGCGUCUGCCCCAUGUGCAACAAACCCAUAGCUGGCCCCCCUGAGCAGCACCACAGCAUAGGGACUCUGCUGGAUGAAUUAGUGUAAUCUAACGACCCCUGCCAGCUCUGGGAGGGACGCCGGCGCCCAGCCAAACCAGCUGGCUUAAGUUAACGACCAACAGGAUGGGGGACCACAGUUUUGCUGUUAAAACAGCAGCGAGACACCAACAUGACGAUAGUAAGUUGGGGUAACCUAGUUACCACCCAGCAAAAGAGACUCUGAAGGAUGCUGUUGCUUAGCAACCAUCCCUGAGAUGGCAACACAACACCUUGUGUUGUCUGAGAGAUUAUCUUCAGCCACCCACACAUCACUCCACCACUCUUCUUUUAACAUCCCCCUCUGCACCCGUCCCUUCACGUCUUCUCUUGUUGCCUCGAGUGAGGUUAAUGGCACCACUGAAGUGGAGGAGACACAGUUGCAUUUUUCACAGCCAUGUGGAAAGAAAUUAGUGUGAAAGGAUGAGAGCGAGCGCUGGGUAAGAGUCACUGGUCCUGUCUGAGCAUGUAUGAGUGUUGUAUGUCGUGGUGGGCAGUGAUGACACAAUAUCAAUAAUAGCCAAGGUUAUUGGAACUCUUGUGGAAAUGAUGAGAUUUUUUGAGAUGAAGCAGCAGGCAAAUAUGAUACUUUUUCAUCUUAAAUGUCCCCAGCAGUAGCGCUAGGACAUGUUGGCAGAGGUUACACUGCUAACAAAACGGUAAAGUCUCAGAGUUUAUUUGAAAAGAACAGACUGAACAAAGUUUGAACAAAAAAUGAGUUGGCUGGAGGAGAAUGGAGUUCUGUAGCAAGGACACAGAGAAAUUAGAUUCAAUCUAGUUUUACAGAAAUAAAGUUUUUUUGAAAAGAUUUGGUGACCAUAAACUGAAGUGACACUGGUUAAAGUUAAAGAUGUGUUCACACCUCUUCAAUAGGACCUAAGUGAUGCAGUCCAAGUGUAGCAAGUUAACCAGUGUUGUCAUGAAAUCACAGCUUUUCACACACACCGACUAAUCGUUUGUCGAUGUGUGCAACUGAUACUGAUGUGUGUAUCCAUUUUUGGUUCCCACUUCCAAUAUUAUGUACAGUAGGUUUUACAUACUGUACAUGCUUCACUGGGGUGUUUUAUUCUUCAGACAUAUUUUAAUUGUGUUAUUAUAGUUGGCAGGAAAUGGCCUCCUCCUGCCUCUCACUGUAACAGUUUGGUUCUUUGUUGAAAUAUGUUGAAGAUUUUUUAUGUAUUGCACUUUCAAUUCACAAAAGAACCCCACCUGUUUCCAUUCCUUUGUUCUUAUUAAAUGUUAAGAUCACGGCUCGGAUGCACCACAUCAGGUCGCUUGUUUUCAGGUGUGGUGAAUCUUUUAUCUUAAGUAUGAGAGAUGCUGCUGAAUCUGAAAAUGCUGAAUCUGAAAAUAAGGGGAACAGCAGUACAGACUUUCAGUGUUGUUCUGUGAAUUCAUCCGGGAAGAGUCUACACUUUCAUACACAGCAUUUUGUGGCAUUAUUGCUGGUGAUUAUGUUUUACAUUCCAUGGUUGUAGGUUUUUUUUUUAAAUUUGUGAUUUACAGCGAUUCAGAAAGCAAAACACUGCCUAAAUUGAGCACAAACCUCACGAAGCACAUUGUCCUGACACAGUAGGCACCUGUACUGUAAUUAGAGAAAGAAGAAAUGACAAUGAGAGAAAUGUUUCUAUCUUGUUGCGUCUGCAAGAGAAAUGUUUGCUCUGAUUCUGGCCACA